AAAUCGCUCUCGCGCUCUCUGUCGAUAAACUGCUGACACUGACGUCAUUAAACCCAUAUUGAUCAGCUGACGAGGAAAGGACGGCUGAUUAUAUAGUAUACAGAAGCCGAUCUCUGACUUUCAGCAAAAUUAUAGGCUUUAUUAACGUGUAAAGGUUAUUUAUUGCUUUUUAGUGUGUUGUGAACAUCACAAAGUGAGACGUCAUGGCGACUACAGUUAGUACGCAGAGAGGCCGGGUGUUCAUUGGAGAACUGCCACAGGAUUUUCUCCGCAUCACUCCUACCCAGCAGCAACAGCAGAUCCAACUGGAUGCACAGGCAGCACAGCAGCUUCAGUUUGGAGGAAACAUGGGGACAGUGGGAAGACUCAGUAUUACAGUGGUGCAGGCAAAGCUGGCAAAGAAUUAUGGCAUGACAAGGAUGGACCCAUACUGCCGCAUCCGUCUAGGUUAUGCUGUGUAUGAGACUCCCACGGCUCACAAUGGUGCUAAGAACCCACGUUGGAAUAAAGUCAUCCAGUGUACUGUACCUCCAGGAGUGGACUCAUUUUAUUUGGAGAUUUUUGAUGAGCGGGCAUUCUCCAUGGAUGAUAGAAUUGCGUGGACGCACAUUACAAUUCCAGAAUCCCUGAAAGACGGAAAGGUGGAGGAUGAAUGGUACACCUUGAGUGGGAGACAAGGGGAUGACAAGGAGGGGAUGAUCAACCUGGUCAUGUCAUAUUCUUCUGUCCCUGCUAAUCUUAUGAUGCAAGCACCACCCGUUGUCCUGAUGCCAACUGUUUAUCAACAGGGAGUGGGCUAUGUCCCCAUUGCAGGAAUGCCAGCAGUGUACAGUCCAGGGAUGGUACCAAUGGGGGUACCUACUCCAGCUGCCAACGUACAGCCUCCGUACAACGAGGAGGACCUUAAGUCCCUGCAGGACAUGUUUUCAAAUUUGGACAAAGAAGUAAUCCGCUCUGUUAUGGAGGCACAGAGAGGAAAUAAAGAUGCUGCCAUCAACUCCUUAUUGCAGAUGACAGAGGAAUUAUAGAUGCUCAAUAGUUAGUUAUUCUUGGAAACUAAAUCUGUAUAUAUGUGUAUAUACAUAUGAGUUGUCCUAUCAUGCAUAUAUAUAUAUAUAUAUAUAAUGUUCAUACAGGUACAUGUGUUUUAUUGAAGAGUAAAUGUAAUCCUCACAUCCUGUAUUACAGUGGCUGAAUGCCACCUUUCAAUGAUUAAUGCCACUGUAUGCCAAUGGGAAUUCGCUGCCAUAUUCUGUUUUCUUAAUGUAUUUUUCCAUAGUUUUAUUUUAUUUUUAAAUGACUGCUCCAUUCCCAGCUGAGGUGGAUGCCCACAGUUUGUACAGAAAAGUGCUACGCUCAGCUUACUCCCUCCUUGCAUUGAAAGAUGAGACAUGAUCAGCAGAGCAAGACCAAAACAACAACAAAAACUGAAGGUUUUAUUGGAAGGCAUGAACUGUGUUUACCAAAUGUCUCUCUAGUUUUCAGUUUUACUGUGUGAGGCUCCUUUAGGCUGCCUAUGAAUUUAAAUGGCAUGGACAAUGUGACGCUCUGCUGCAUUAUAAUAAUGUUGCUUUUAACUUGUUCACGGCCUUCAUCGCUGCUGAACCAGAUAGCAAUGGUGAGGCCUUUUGAAAUGAAUGGAUAUCCCCAACUCGCCGUCUCAAUUUUGGACAAGAUGUUCUGGGCUUUUGACUCUUUCCACUUGCAUGUGAAGUCCAUUAUGUGCUGGUUAGACCCUUUGUGGAGCAAAAUGUAAAUCUAAACUCCUUGCUAGUAUUUCCAAAUAAAUUGCAGGUUUUUGCAGGAGGUGGGAAAUAUUUUGCCACUUGUUUUAUUAAAAGCUUUAUUGAACAAUCA